AUGGAAGAUCAUUAUUUGACUGAACAACACCAACAUGCUGUACUCAAAGUUGUUCGUCAAAUGUCGCAAAUAGAUGAUAGACAAAUGGAUAUUGAUCUUCCUCAAACUACAACUGCAGGAGUAUCUAAUCCUGCUACAGCUCAGUUAGAGGGACUUUAUGAAAUGCUCAAUAUCUUGGUAGGCUGCAUCGAAACAUUGACUAGGGAUGAACAACAUCUAAGCAAUGAAUCACUUCAAAUGCAAAUUAAACUUUCAAAAUUGAUAGCAGAAUCAUCGAAAGUUAAAUUAUCUGUUGAAGAAUCAAAUACGUUAUUGAAAGGAAUAAAACAUAGUCAAGACAUUGUCAAUGAAGAUUUAAUGUCAUUGAGAGAUGAAAUCAAUGAUUUGAAAUAUGUUUCAUAUGAUGGAACAUUUAUUUGGAAAAUUACAAACUUUAAAAAGAAAAUGAUUGAUGCACAAUCUGAAAUACAAAUAUCGAUUUAUUCGCUGCCAUUUUAUUCAUCUCCAAAUGGUUAUAAAAUGAGAGCUCGUCUUUAUUUAAAUGGUGAUGGAAAUGCUCGUCGUACACAUAUGUCACUCUUUUUUGUGCUCAUGAGAAGUUUAAACGAUCCUAUUCUCAAGUUUCCAUUCCAUUAUAAAGUUAUAUUUUGUUUGUACGACCAAACGCCUGAAAAACGACAUAUUAUCGAUUCAUUUCGACCAGAUAUUAAAUCGAGUAGUUUUCAACGACCUCGAUCGAAUAUGAAUAUAGCCAGUGGUAUACCAAAAUUUUGCCCAUUAUCGCUGAUUCAACAGGAAGGGAAUCCAUAUAUACAAGACGACACAAUGUUCAUCAAAAUUAUGGUUGAUUUCGGAGAAAUACACAAAACAUUAUUGCCAUACGCUUUGAGUCUCAAUCCAGGUCUACCGAUUCAUGUUCAACAAGCAAUGAUCAAACAAGAAACUGAACGAAGAAUACAAUCACAAUCUGACGAACAAUUGCAGAUACCUGAGGGAUGA